AUGAUCGUUUCUUCUCUAGACGCACGCACACGCGUCAGGGCGGCGCAACCCGCCACCGGGACGCGCCAGACGCUCGCCGAGCUCAACGUCACCAACCCAACCGAAUGCGACGUCGACUUUAUCCUCCACGCCUUCGACUCAGCGCUUGCCUACCUAGCCUCAAUCGGCUCAGAAGCGCAAUGGGGCACCAUCCCAUUUUCUGCGAAACCGGACCAAGUGUCGCACUUCACCAAUUACGUUGAGGAAUGCUACUUGCAAGCGUCUGCGAACUCGGGUUCGGGUUCAAUCUGGCAAAGUAUGCUGCUGUACGAAGUGAAACAGGACACAUCAUGGACAAGAGUGGCAGCACUAGGCAUCAGCACCGCUUUCCCCUCCUACGUCCCCGACUCGCUCGCAGAUAAUAGCAUGAGACAAGCUGCCGAUUAUGUCUACCUGAAAUACCUCGUCACCGACAGGAGAUGCGCCACCCUCUCGAAACGCUCCGCUGCCCACCUCAUGGCUUUUGCUGAACAGACGGCAAGAGAGAUGCACAUGCACAUCUGCUACGGUGACUGUUGGCGUGGCAACGGUGACGGCUUGCUCAAAUACUAUCAACACCUAGGCUAUACCCCAUUAGGUGCAUUUGACGUCAAGGACAAGCAUGGUCCAGGCUUGCCAUGGUCAGGCUAUCUCUUCUCCAAAUCUCUCUCGCAUUAG